AUGCGUUCCCCCAUUGUCAUCGCCCUUGGCGUCCUCGCCGCUGUCGCUGCUGCUGCCCGCGAGAAUCCCUUCAAUAACCCCAGCGGUGGCUACAGGUUCGCCGCGAACAUGCCGACUACAUUGAGCUGGGAGCCCACCACCGAUGGCACGGUCACCCUGAAGCUUCAGAAGGCUGGUAAUAUCACCCCUUCCUCUGGAAUUACCAUUGCCGCAAACAUUCCAAACUCUGGCUCCUAUGUCUUUGUUCCCUCUGCGAGCUUGGGCCCCGGUUCCGACUACACCAUCGAAAUCAUCGAUGACAACGACCCAGACAAUAUCAACUUCACUCCUCAAUUUUCGAUCACCGGUACUACCGGUACCGCGACCGAGUUGACCGGCUCCCCUACCGUCACCGGCUCUGCCAGCGUGACCCCCUCCUCCUCCCCUGCCAGCUCCGAAGCUGACAGCAGCUCCAUGAUCACCAGCACCGUUUCCUCUGCUAGCACGACUACAACCGUGUCGAGCGAUGCUCCUAUCACCACCUCCGAGGCUGCCACUUCCAGCUCGCAGCCUACUGCCACGCCUUCCACAACGGACAUUGAGGCUAUCCCUGAUCCCAACGGCGCCGCUGCUUUGAGCUUCCCCGCAGUCUUGUUGUCUGGUGUCCUUGGCUUGAUGGCUUUCUUGUAAAAAAAGCAUGAUGAAACAAACGGCCUGAAACUGAAAGUUUUAGCUUCAUGUUUUUGUGUGAAUCUUUUUUUGUGAAUGAGUGUGUGGAUGUGUCACAGAACCACAACCGCUCAUGUACAUGUCAUCACUACAUAUACUUUUAUUUAUAUUUUUUUUUUCUUUCCCUGUAUCUUAUUCAUAACAUAACAUUGAUCUAUUUUGAUCUCUUGGUUUGGUAAAUCUGAAGACUUUGCUGAUGAUGUACUUUAAUUAUUGCUAUCUUUGGGGC